AUGAAGGUGUUCGGUAUUUUGCUGCCAGUCUUGGCAGUUCGCUGUCCACCGUGGGCAAUGGACUGCGAUCUCUCUCAGAAUGGUGAAAAAGCUCGGUCAGUGGCUCCCACAUACAUUGAGCGACGGCAACCGCCAAAGAAGCCUGGACAUCUGCAUUCAGCUGCUCUCCAGAAACCGCAGAUUCGACUGGCUGGACACCAUUGUCACUGGAGAUGA